UGUCAUGCCAAUUGAUCAGUUUCUGGAGUUUUGGAUUUAAUCAGGUUGAUGAGUUCUUGUUCCUCUGAUGGUUCAGUGGGUGUCUCUCUCCGGUGAAUCCUGGCGAAAGUGUAAGCGAGGCGUUAGUUUGUGAAUGGACGGCUGUGCUCCGGGUCUCGUCUUUCACGGUGAUGUCACGCCGGGGCUGAUGGCGUCACUGCGCGUCCCGGAGGAGCGUCUCGAGCGCGUUGACGGAUCGCAGCAGCAGCGAAGAGCGACGCGACCGUGGCUCCGGCGGCCGGGAUCGAGCGACGCCCAGCCGGACACCGAGCGAGGAGAGCAUGGAGGCUGUAGCGGAGGAGCUGCAGGCCGGCUCCCGGAUCCCGGUGACCGUCGAGCAGAUCGUUAACGACACGCUGGUGGUGACCCUCACGUACCGAGAGAGGAGCUACACGGGCAUCUUACUGGACUGCAGCAGAAAGACUGGGCUGUUUUGCCUUCCAGACGUUGUUGGAAAAUCUGAAUCCGAGAGCCUCGUGUUGAGAGCGGACUGUGAAGUCUCGAGGGAAGAGGUUUCCUCUGAACCCGUCAGUCAGCCGAUAGAGCGACCAAAAGAUGAGAACACGGAGCCUGAGGUGGGACAUCCCGUCCCGGUACCCAUCCCGGUGCAGCCGGGUCAGCCCUCGUACCCACCGUACUUCGAAGGCGCCCCGUUUCCUCAGCCCAUGUGGGUCCGGCACACUUACAACCAAUGGGUACCACAACCACCACCUCGUCCAGUCAAGAGGAAGAAGAGACGAAGUCGAGAACCUGGACGGAUGACCAUGAGCACAAUCCGACUGAGACCUCGGCAGGUGCUGUGCGAGAAAUGCAAAAACACACUCAACAGUGACGAGGAGAGCAAAGAUGGACCAACGGAGGCCAAGACGUCCAGGAAGGAGAACGCUCCUCAAUCUGAAGAGGACACUAAAUCAACCCCAGCCAAGAGGAAGGAGGACGGAGACAACAAAGAGUCAAAGAGACGAGAGGAAUCAACGAUCUAUGACAGCAAACGCUUCCGGAAGGACAAGAAGGAUGAUGAGAAGUUUCCCGGAGGGAGCAUCAUUCCCCAUAGCCCCGUGAUUAAGAUCUCUUAUAGCACUCCACAAGGCAAAGGUGAGGUGAUAAAGAUCCCUUCGAGGGUUCACGGUUCUGUCAAACCCUUCUGUCCGAAGCAGCUUCUGCAGAACGGCCACAGAGAGCACAACGCUUCCGAGGAAUCCCAAAAAGUCGUGCAACCUCCUGUAGACUCCAUCCGAACGGGUCUUACCAUUUCCAUUCCCAAACUCAAGCUCCCAAGGUUGAGUAAUCCUGACGCUCCUUCACCCAAGAUACGCUUGAGAUCCCGGGCUGACGGAGCGGAGCAGGUGUCCGUGUACGAGGCAGAACUGGUGGAUGGCGUUCGGAGGAAAAGUCCUAGAGUUCCCAACUCUCAGUCGGAAGAUGGUGUGGAGAAGAGUUCGCUUGAGCUUUGGUCGGGAGAGGAAGUGGAACGACACGGAGACUUGACUUUACUCAUCAACUUCCGGAAGAGGAAAGCGGACUCCUCGAGCCUCUCCGUGUGCAGCAGUGACAGUCUAGAUGAGUCCAAGUCGUUCAGCUCCGACGGAACGUCGCCGGAAAUCUGUGAUCUCGCUCCAGGCGAUGAUAUCGCAGUCUCGUCUUCCUCUCAAGGGGAAAGUAAGACUGUUCCGCCUCUGACUGUACGACUGCACACUCGCAGCAUGACUAAAUGGGUGACCGAGGAAGGUCAUGCCGUAACAGUGGGUGAUGUUGUUUGGGGAAAGAUCCACGGAUUUCCUUGGUGGCCUGCGCGGAUACUCAGUAUUAGCGGCGCUCGUAGAGAAGAAGGUGAGGUCGAUGCUCCGUGGCCUGAAGCUAAAGUCUCCUGGUUCGGUUCUCCCACCACCUCCCAACUCUCGGUUGCCAAACUCUCACCGUUCCGCGAAUUCUUCAGGUCACGCUUUAACCGGAAGAAGAAAGGGAUGUACCGCCGUGCCAUCAUGGAGGCCGCCAAGGCGGUGGGACACAUGAGUGCCGAAAUCACAUCUCUACUGGCUCACUGCGAGACUUAGAUCACGAGGAUGGUAGUGGACUGGCUGUCAUUCAGGGUUUUGCAGGUGCUCCCAGGACGUGGUGAUCUCCCCGGACGGAGAGCGCCUUCAUCUGCCACGGAUAUCAUGAGGGAAGGUGCUUUAUUUCCCUCCACACGUGGCUGUUGGAUGCGAUGCGUGGACUGUGUUCGAGGGCCACGAGGAGAAUGUGGGAACCUCCGAGCGAACAAUUCCCAUUUGUUUCUCCAUCUUAUGUUUGUUAUUUUAGGACGUACAUGAUAUUAGAACAAGUAGCUUGACACUAAAUCCGAAUGUAUUUAUUCACAAAAAGAAAACACUCGACAGGUGACUGGCCUCCUGUAAGAUCACACUGCUGCUGUUUCUCAUAAAUCUUACGUCUGUUUAGGAUCUGACUGAACGGACUGACAAAUAUCCAUAUUAUAAAACAAAACGAUGAGUCUUAGUGUGUCCGUUUCUUCAGAUGAUGAAAAUGUGAAAUUCCUUUUAGCAUCAUGUAGGUCUUACAUCAUGCAGUAUGUCAGUUUGUCUCUGUCCUCUCCAAGUAAUAUCUCUCUCUCUCGUUUGUCUCUUUUUCACUCUGAUUGUGAUGUUUUGCUUUAAUUAUUUAAUGUGUCAUGAUGAGAGAAGCACUUUAUCCGUACCUUGGUGGCCUGCUGUGAACACGAACCCCAGUUUGCAGACUCUCGGAGGAGCCAACCCAUCGCUUUUGAAGGGAUUUAUCAUUUUUGUGAUGGAGAUUUCGAUUAAAGCACGCUUUCAGGAAGUUGUGUACACUGUAUUCUCACGUUACGCCCGGUUUACGUUGCUUUCCUCCUUCUGAAAUGUUCCACUGGAGAUCUGGAGAGACGUGUCUGUUAUUAAAGCGUGCUGGUGAUCGUGUGUUUGCUGAGACCUGCGGGACUCGAGCGUUUCUAGGUCGCAGGUUUGGUGUGUUUUUCCAGCUGGACUUUCUGCAAGCGUCGAGCACUUUAUAUCCGCCGCCGCUCGACAUGCUGGAGUUUUUUUAAUGUGCUGUAAAUAGAAUAAAAUAUAAAAGCAA